CCGACGCUUCCGGUUCCGGGCUCGUGCGGACAGCGGCACAACACUGACUGGCCAUGGAAAGUGGAGACAUUCCCAUUUUGCUCCCGAGUUCAAGAUGAAAGCAUUUAGCUGGCCUCACUGAGCAUCUGUACAAUGGGUUUUCAAAACCACUCUUUAUGUGGUUGAAGAAGACUUUUCCUAGCUUGUUGAGUAAUCAAGAAACGAUAUUUGUCAAGACUCUGCAUGUGUCUGUGGCCUAUGGAAUCCCAUGCAGCCACACCCAGCAGCCUGUCCGGAGAGAGCUGUACCUUGGAUCUCCCAGUGUGUGACCCUGGAGGUUAUGAAGCAUCCCAGAGAGCCAGCCAGGGAGGCGCCAGCAGCUCUCUGAGUUCUCUGGAAGCCCAUCCUCUCCCUUCUUCCUUGACUUCUGAUCCAGAUAGCAGUUCUCUAAAUACUGAGCAAAAAGGCUCCUGGAACUCUGAGAACUUCUGGCUUGAUCCGUCCUCGAAAGGCCAAUUGGAGCCCAACGAAGAGGAGGAUGGACUUCGGAAAUCCCUGGAUAGAUUCUAUGAAGCAUUUGCCCAUCCACCGCCAGGCUCUGGGGAUCCACUUUCUGCAUCUGUGUGUCAGUGCCUGUCUCAGACAAUCUCUGAGAUCGAGGGACACGAGAGCCAAAGGUAUGCUCUCCGGAGUUUCCAGAUGGCCCGGGCCAUCUUCCACAGGGAUGGCUGUUCUAUUUUACAGCAGCAUUCCAGGGAAACCCGCUUCUACCCGCUAAAGCAAGAAGGCAGCCCUAUGGGUAAUGAAGAGCCUUCCCCAGGACUGUCAAGAGAGGUCAUUCGUUUCCUCUUGGAGCAGACUGUAAUGAAAGACUCAUAGCUGGUGUAUGUGAAAGCAGGCAGUGCUGGAGAGGAAGUGCUGUCACCUAGUCCCUAGAGUCUAUGGAUGUAUGGCAGGGGAGGGGUUCUCUGGCAUCUUUCUGUUUCCAGCCAUUAGCCAUAAGCUUUGCGGGUAGAGGCUAGCAUCAGCAAUCUGAUGAUGGAGCCAGUAAGCAUCUUGGUGUGCUACCUCCUACUUACCUUGGUACCUUAGUACCAAGGCUGAUACUGACUCAUUGAGGGUUGAGUCCUAGCCCAGCUUCUUGCCUUAGUCUGUGCUCCUGAGUGCUGUCCUGGAGACCUGGUCAGAGCUGGGACUUUGGCAGGAAAUUACUUCUCUGCUUGGCUUCAUUCCUUCCCCCAGGGAAGGAAUUCAUUCACCUACUGGUGUCUCUAGGACCUUUUCUUAAUAAACUUCUUACAUCUGUA